GGGGGAGGGAGGGAGGGAGUGUGUGUGGAGAGGGGGAGGAGAAACAGCAGCAGAGAGAGAGUCGUGUGUCUCAGGAGGAGAAGGACAGCAGGAACCGGCCGGAGCAAACGCACCUGGACUUACCUGGACUCUGCCGGCCAGGUCUCAUUGGCGAUGUUCCACCGCAGGAAGAAGAAGCGCAGGCCGCAGAUCUCGGCGCCGCAGGACUUCCAGCACCGCGUCCACACGUCGUUCGAUGCCGCUUCAGGACGCUACGUGGGUCUGCCGCCACAGUGGCAGAGCGUCAUCGACACGCUGAGGAGGCCACGCCCCCUGGUGGACCCAUCCAGGGUCACUAAGGUCGAACUCAGGAAGACGAUUGUUCGUGGUAGUUUUAUCGGUCAUGGCGACUACAUCUCCCACGUGAUCUCCGAGAUGAGCCAUCUGUCCGUCACCAGCUCCAACUCCCUGCGCCGCAGCAGCCCGUCGGCACGGAAACGGGCCCAGUCACUGGGUCGACUGGGAGAACUGGCGGAGGAUCAGACGUACCAGUACGAGGCGCUGAAUCGCCACGACGACGGCGGGAAGACGGUCGGGAGCUCCACCUACUGGCAGGACAGGAUCCAGCAGGUCCGCAGCUUGAGCAGCAGCCCCAAACUGAACGGAGCUCUGCAGAGAGCCACGUCCACCUGCGAGGUGGGGACUCUGUCUGAGGCCACGCCCCCCACACCUGUGACACCUCAGAGGACAGGUGUGACAGGUGGACAGUACACCCACAGUGAGGGGGCGGGGCUAAGACAGCGGCCAACUUCCUGUUUCUACAACCUGCAGACUGUGGAGACCAACAGCAGACCUCACCUGAGACCAGCUGUCAAUCACCUGCCUGACCUGCUGUCCUCCUCCAGAGAAGGUCCCAGAAGGCCUUCCUCCUCCUACGACCUCAAGUUGACCUCCCCCCUCCUGCUGCCUCCGCCCAACAGCACCAGCAGUCCUAUCAUCACAGGGAGAGGGUUACCUCAGCGCCUGCUCCGCCCCUCCUCCAGCUUCAACGUCGGACUUUCUCCAAAAACACAGACCUCCCUGAACCAGGAUGGCCCCUCCCAGCCCCGCCCUUCCCCCACAGGCUCCCCGGGACACCCCCCGACCCACCACUGCCCCUCCUCCACCCAGCAGACGGCACCUGACGGAGGCGUGAAGGUGACUCACGAGCAGUUUAAGGCGGCGCUGCAGAUGGUGGUGGAUCCGGGCGACCCGAGGAUGACUCUGGAGAACUUUGUGAAGAUCGGGGAGGGGUCCACAGGUGUGGUGUGCAUCGCCCGAGAGAGACACAGCGGGCGACAGGUGGCCGUGAAGAUGAUGGAGCUGAGGAAGCAACAGCGGCGAGAGCUGCUCUUCAACGAGGUGGUGAUCAUGAGGGACUACCGGCACCAGAACGUGGUGGAGAUGUACCGCAGCGCUCUGGUGGAGGAGGAACUCUGGGUAAUCAUGGAGUACCUGCAGGGCGGCGCUCUCACCCACAUCGUCAGUGAAACCAGGUUGAACGAGGAGCAGACAGCGACAGUGUGUGAAGGCGUCCUGCAGGCGUUGUCCUAUCUUCACUCUCAGGGAGUCAUUCACCGGGACAUCAAGAGUGACUCCAUCCUGCUGACACUGGACGGGAGGAUAAAACUGUCAGACUUUGGUUUCUGCGCUCAGAUCAGUAAAGACGUCCCGAAGAGGAAGUCUCUGGUCGGGACUCCGUACUGGAUGGCUCCUGAGGUGAUCUGCAAAACACCGUACGGGACCGAGGUGGAUGUCUGGUCUCUGGGCAUCAUGGUGGUGGAGAUGGUGGACGGAGAGCCACCAUAUUUCAGCGACACGCCCAUCACGGCCAUGAAGAAACUGAGAGACGAAGCAGCACCGAGCGUGAAGAACAUCCAGAGGCUGUCUCCGGUGUUGAAGGACUUCCUGGGCUGCAUGUUGACUCGUGACACGCAGCAGCGUUCCAGCGCCUCCGACCUGCUGGAGCACCCGUUCCUGCUGCAGGCCGGCUCACCGCGCUGCCUGGUGCCGCUGGUGGAGCAGCACCGCAAACGUAUGUCGCUCUGCUAAACACCUGAGAGCAUACCUCGGACACGUUUGAGACUCACCUGAGCACACCUGAGACACAUGUGAGACUCACCUGAGUCCACCUGAGAGUGCUCAGGCCGUGUUGACUCCUGGAGCUCAGUGUGGGUCGCUUUGUUUUCUAUGACCAGAGAAACAGGAGCUGAGUUUCUCACUGGUGAGGAGGCUGCAGACUUCAGCAGCCAAUCACGUACCAGCUCCUCCCAUUCUGCUGCCUGUCGGAGCUCCAGCGACCAAUCAGGUGAGUGGAAUCAGGACAGCACAAUGCCGACAUAGCUGCUGCAGCCUGAACACAGAGAGUCCUGGGGUCAUGAAGAUUGUGAACUUUGACCUUCAGCUGCUGGAUGUUUUGUCACCUGUAAACACACCUGAGAAGAAGAAGUGAUCAGAGAACGUUCAGCUACAUGCUGAAAAAUGAAUGUUUUAUACUCUAAUCUUAUUUUGACAGUUUUGUCAUUUCCUGUCAGUGAACAGAACUUUUAGAUGAAACAAACAAAUAGAUCAAACUGUUAAACCUUUAUGCUGCUCCCUGGUUGACCUCUGACCUCCUGUACUGUAGUUUUAACAGUUAAAUGGGGGAUUUUAUUAUUUUAACAUUUUAGGUUGUCAUUUUAGAAAACCAUGAAAAUACAUAUUACAAUUAUUACUAAAAAAAAACGUAUCAAUUACUAAUAAUGACAUUUGCAAAUUAGAUUUAAAAACAAAAUGAAGCCUGUAGCACAACACUGACAGUUAACAUGGAAAAUAAAUCCAGGAUGUGAAUCAGUUUUCUGUUGAUUUUGACUUCAUGUCAACUGCAGUAACAUUUCAGAGCAGAUCUGCUGUUUAAAAAACAAAGGGUCAAAACUCCAACGUGAACUGUAAUUAAGUUAAAAAUAGACAACCAAUCAUAUACAGCCACAAACACAGCAGCCAACAAUGGCAUAACACCAUAGACUAUAUAAAGAUGGACGACAUGACAGCUCCCCAAAUGUGAAGCCAAAACACCUGGAUCGCCCCCUGGUGGCGGGCUGCAGUACAGGUCAUAAAAUCACAGCGAUCGGUGGAUUCACUCGCAGGGGUGAAUUUGUUCAAUGACAAAGAGCUGGAGAGUCCAACAUGGAGGAAGCUAUCGUAGCUUAUUAGCUGUGUGUCACCAUGCAGUUUUAUUGAAGCUUCUCUGUCAGAUCUACAACAGAGACCUGGUUCACACACAGUUAGGAGACAGGAGGACAUCUGACUGAUUCAGCUGUUAAUACCUUGUGGACACUUAGUGUCCUCUUAGCGACCGAGCUAACUUGUUAGCUUUUUCCCUCCUUAAUGACUCUUUAUUGAAUGUAAUGUUGAACAAUCCUGAGAACAAAAUGUCAGAGGAAGUAAACAGAACAGUACAGUGUUAGCAUGUUCCUGGCUGGCUAGCGUGUUAGCGGUUAGCUCACCAACUACUGUAGUUCAGCAACCAGCCCUGCGAGUAGUCACCACAUCACAAAAACUCUACAUAUGAUAGAACCAAAAUAGAGUAUUAACUGGAGUUUGACCCUUUAAGACCGAUUUCUUUAUUUUGUGCACAAACUUUACUCCUGGUAUGAGUUUUUUAACUCCUGUUUGCAUGUUUUUGUUCAUGAUGUAUAGAUUAUUUUCCCAGGAUGCUUCUGUGUUGAUGGUGAAUGUAAAAAAGCUCUUUGUUUUCCUGUUGGUCCUUUUGUAAAUAAAAGAUAUGGAUUUAUUUUAAAAACUUGCACAGUUUUAUACAGAAUGUGACUUUGCACAUGUUGGUUAAAUGUUUUUAUUUUAGGUUAUCUUUUAUAAAAUACAGAUGUUAAUAAAACGUGA